AUGAGAAAAAACUAAACCACGAUAAAAACAAGACCAGCUCGAGCCAUCUCACAAGCCAAAGAUCCAAGGGAAUCAUAAUUUCCCAUCAUUGAAUAGAAACAAGCUAAACCUUCUUCUGUCAUAAGAAGUUCAAAAAAAUCAUUAGACUUUAAUCGACUUAUAAAAAAUCCAAGAUUAAAUGAUAGCAGGUUGGAGGAGGCUUUAGAAGCAGAUUUAAGUUUCAAAAAAAUGGAAUUAAAGGAUAACAGGUUAUAAAAGGGUUCCCCUCAAAAACCAAAUUUGUAACUAAUAUCAGAAACAAGUUAAGCUGAAAAUGAACAAAGAGCAUCCACUCCUCCAAGAAAAAACAGAAAAGAAGGACAAGAUUUUAAUGCCAGAUCUGAAUCUUUCGCCACCUUAGAACCUAUGCAUCAUGCCGAAGAAACAUUAGCAGAAAAUCUUAGAAUAUUCAUUAAAAUUUAUGAAAUCAUGAACUACCUCUUAAAUUCAAUGAAAAAAAAUACUACUCUAGAACUAAUAAAUUAAAUCAACUAAUACAUGGAAUUGACUGAAGAUACUGGAUUUCAAUAUCUGGAAGAGUUACUACAAGAACAUGCCAAGCAAGUCAGAUAAAUAUUUCUAAUCUUACGCGUCGGAAUUGUUGUUUUAGUUAAUUGUUUUUUUGAUCUCCAUUUCUAUUUAAGUAGUAUGAGUAAUAUCAAGAAUAUAUUGCUCUACAAUAUUUAAAAUUUAAGUCACCUCUCUGAUAUUUUAUUAGAGAAACUCAAAGAGAAAACCAGAAUAUCCUCUAUAUUUAUAGUUGUAUUCCUAAUUGUAAUUUAACAUUAACAAGAAAACCAUUGUCACCAAAAAGCAAGAUUAUUGGACUUACAUUAAGUAGAACAUAGAAUUAUUACAAAAUCUUUAUAAAUCCCUUACAAAAAAGUUAGAAGGGACUUAUACUAAUUUUUAAUCAUCUUCCUAAGGAGUCUAUAAAAUUAUACAAUAAAGGAAUCCUUAAGAAAUUUGUAGGAAUUCAUUUCAUUUUAUUUUACAAUCCAACAGAGUUACUAGGGCUUACUAGGAAUACCAUUGAUAUGUGUAGCUCCCCAGCCUUACCUUCCGUACACAAAUCCGAAAACUUAUACUCUUGUUUUAGAUAUGGACGAAACUUUGAUACAUUUUACUGAUUAGACAGGACACUUCCUGAUUCGUCCUUUUACUCAUCAAUUCUUAUAGGAGAUGAGUUAGUUUUAUGAGUUAGUAGUAUUUACAGCUGGAUUACCUGAUUAUGCUAAUUGGGUUUUAGAUCAGGUUGAUAAAAACAAAAACAUAUCAUAUCGACUAUUUAGGUAACAUGCUUUAUAAUAUUCUAAUUAAUUUAUAAAAGAUCUUUCCAGAUUGGGAAGAGAUCUUUCAAAGUGUAUAAUUGUAGAUAAUGUUCCUGACAAUUUUUAAAAUUAACCAGAAAAUGGGAUAUUUAUAAAGACAUGGUACAGUGAUUAAAACGAUACUGCUUUAGCUGAAUUAGGUCCAAUUUUGAAGUCUAUUGUUAUGAAAAAAGCAGAAGAUGUUCGUUUAGCCUUGAAAGAAGUAAGAAAAAUGUUGACAUAAAGUAUCCAACUGCCUCCCUUAUAGGGGUGA